AUGGCUACUAAUCCCAAGUCUGCAGAGUUGUCUCUCGACGGCGAUUUUCUCUUGAGGAAGCAUACCUCGGCUAAGAGCGGGAGGUUCUGGCGCUGGUUCUUGGCGGGCGCUCUGCUGAACGUGUGCAUCGUCUCGGUCUCGGUCAGUCUCACCGUGCUCUACGUCCAGACGGAACUGCAGUCCCUCAGGGAAAAGAUACUCAUUCAAGAAGACCGCCUUGCUCGGUUGGAGGUUCCUUCCUCGGCAGGAGACACCGUGAGAGUUCCAACUUGGAAGUUCGCUCAGUUGCGAAACAGAAGAGAUCGGGAAUCGAAGGUGUCAAUGGGCGGCAGCUUCCUGCGCAAUGCAACGCUCUCUGCAAGGCCGGAAGCAGCUACAGAGCUCUUGCUGACGGGAAUUCGUCUCUUCCGGGAGAUAAGUGCCUGUGACCAGGGUAGUCAAGAGUCUGGGUAUCCCACCUUGAAACCGUCUGGAGGAGACACAUACGUCCGAUGGGGGCGCACUACAUGCCCCAAUGACAUCAAAACAGAGCUCAUAUAUGCAGGUACUGUCGGUGGGUCAUAUUUUUCGCACAAGGGUGGCUCGGUGGAUUUCUUCUGUCUUCCAUCGCAGCCGGAGUGGGCACCCACGUACAGCGAUUCAGCAAACUCACAGUCGUACCUGUACGGGGCGGAGUAUGAACUCCCCUUCGACCCUUUCUCCCACGACAACGCCGAGUUUCUGAAUAACCACGACAUUCCCUGCGCCGUGUGCCGCCUCCUUGACCGCGGGACCCAGCUGCUCUUCCCGGCCAAGCUGGGCUGCCCUGAGGACUGGACCGAGGAAUACAGGGGCUUCCUCAUGUCCGGGAAGUACAGUGAGGAGCAGCGGUCCAAAGCUGUGUGUGUGGACCAGGCACCGGAGGCUAUCCCCGGCAGUCAGGGCAACCGUGAAGGGUCGCGACUUUACAUUGUGGAAGGACAAUGCGGUUCCCUUCUGUGUCCCCCUUAUGUUAAUGGGCGUGAAAUAACGUGCACAGUUUGCAGCAUCUAGAACAAAUGAAACACAGCGUACUGACUUGAUAUGACAACACUAAAUGAGAGUCAUGUAUCAUUAAUCACAUUCCAUUUCAACAAAUUUAUUAAGCACUUGUUCCAUUCAGCUGUGUUUGCAGUGUUCUGUUCGCCAUAUUUGAGGCAUUUUGAUGUCUUGGUGUUCCAGUGCUAUUAUUCACAAGUCCAAAUGUGGUGUCAUUUUAGGACGAAAUUCACAAUCUUAGAGCUCUUUCAACAUUGUGUAAUAUUGGGUAACAGCGAAAAUAGAAAUAUUCUUUAUGCAGUAUUAUGCGACGUAAUCAGUGUUUGUUGGAUAUCUAGAGACCUGCCCAACGUCAUUUUUACACAUCCCUUGUAAACACACCUGUGCGCUACAUUUAACCCUAAUUUUGAUCGUUGAUUUUGCAAUUUUGUGACGGUUUGGUGCCCUCUCUAGUGGCAUUUAUGCUCAUGACUAUCUUUUCUAGAACACAGGUAUGAUGUUAUUUUUGGGAGGAGACCCCAAUCAAACAGCAAUGUUUGCACUUUAGUGACGGAAUCGCCUAGUUCGACGGAAUUUUAUCCGCUGCGUUGGGCGGACUUUUCCAGAGAGUCAGCUCUCAUCAACAGCAUACUGAUGAAACACCCUCCCUCAAGUAACGGAUUAUCUAAUGCUAUAAAGCGCCUUUUUCAUUAUGAUUUAUUAAGAGAGAGGAAACAUAUACAUAAAAGCUACAGCAAACAAUGCCAACGCUCAAGUACAUUCAAUGAGCCUUUUGUGAACUGUUGGACAACCUGCUAUCUGUUACUUGGAUACCCUAACUCAUGCAAUGGAUAUGCGUGUACAUAUGCAAAAUAGCUGCGCACCGUUGGACAACCUGCAAUAUCUGUGUUACUUGGAUACCCUAAAUUCUUGCAAUGGAUAUGCGUGAACAUAAUUAUGCAAAAUAGCUACAUGUUAAUGGAAAGCAAUACUUACUGUGAUGGGUAUAAUGGAAUUACACGGUCCCCUUUUAAGUGGGACAUGUGAACUAAUGCACACCAUAAAUUGUUUACAUAUAAUACAUGUACGUCAGUCAGCAGUAAGCAAAAUACAUAUGUACUCAAGUAAUGACAUUCUGAGAAAUCAACAUUGUGACAUGUUUGUCGUUGAAUCAUACUAUGCAGAAUAAUAAAGCCAUAUAGCCGUAUGUAUACCUUGGCGCACAUUUUAUUCAAACAAUUGAUUGUUGAUUCAAACAAUUAAAAUCAACGACUUCAGACUUAAA